GAGACCAGCCAGGAGAGGAGCUGCGUUCUCCCCGAUGUGGACUAAGCUGCAGGUGGCUCCUCCAGGCCCUGGCAGACCUUUGGACCCUUCCUCGUGCCGGCCACUCAUGGGUUCCUCCUGCAUCUUGUGUGCGUUCCAGGGGCUGGGCCUGCGCUCCCAACCCAGGACUCACCCUGGGCCCGGCUUGCAGCUGUGCCCUGGGCCCAUCCCCUCACCACCUGUGCCCAAGAUUUUAUUUAUUUAUCUUUAUAGGGGAAGGAGAGAGGGAGAGAAAUAUCAGUGUGUGCAUCCCCUUAUGCAUCCCCUGCUGGGAACUGGCCUGCAACCCAGGUGCUUCUGGACCCUCCUCCUCCUGACCCUGAGCAUGUUGCUGCUGGCCAGCCUUCUGUGUGUGGACACCAACAUGCUCACACCCCUGCUUGGGGGCCAGCCUGAGGGGCACCCCAUCACCAACAUCAUGUUCCUCAAGACACACAAGACCGCCAGCAGCACGGUGCUCAACAUCCUCUUCCGUUUUGCUGAGACGCACAACCUGUCGGUGGCGCUGCCUGCCGGCUCGAGUUUCCACCUGGGCUACCCGUGGCUCUUCCUGGCGAGCUACGUGGAGGGCGCCGGGCGCGAGGGCUCACAGCAGCGCUUCAACAUCAUGUGCAACCACUUGAGGUUUAACCUACCCGAGGUGCAGAAGGUGAUGCCGAACGAUACUUUCUACUUCUCCAUCCUCAGAAACCCCGUCUUCCAGCUGGAGUCCGCCUUCACUUACUAUAAAAGGCACGCGCCCGCCUUCCAGGCUGCCCCGAGCCUGGAUGCCUUCCUGUCCGCCCCGCACACCUUCUACAACCAGAGUCUGGACCUGAGGAAUGUCUACUCGAGGAACAGCAUGUGGUUCGACCUGGGCUUCGACCCCGACGCGGCAGCCACAGAGAGCUACGUGCGCGCGCGCCUGGCCGACGUGGAGCGGCGCUUCCAGCUGGUGCUCAUCGCCGAGCACUUCGACGAGUCUCUGGUGCUCCUGCGGCACCGGCUGCGCUGGCAGUUGGACGACGUUGUCUCCUUCAGGCUCAACUCGCGCAGCCAGCGCAGCGUCGUCAGCCUGUCGCCGGAGAACCAGGAGCGUGCCAAGCGCUGGUGCGCCCUGGACUGGCGCCUCUACCAGCACUUCAACCGCACCUUCUGGGCCUCGGUGCACGCAGAGCUGGGCCUACGACGACUGCGCGCGGAGGUGGGGCGGCUACACGCACGGCGGCGCGAGCUCUCGGGCCUGUGCCUGCAGGAAGACGCGCUCAAGAACAGGGCACAGAUCACCGACCGAAAGCUGCUGCCCUACCAGUCGGGCGAGGCCGACGUCCUGGGCUACAACCUCAGGCAGGGCCUGGACAACGAGACGCUGCGCAGGUGCCGGCAGAUGGUCAUGCCGGAGCUCCAGUACACGGCCCACCUGUACUCCCUGCAGUUCCCCGAAAAGCCCCCCAAGAACAUCGCCUUCCUGGAGGCGUAGCCUCUCAGUGUGACCCCAGCCCCUCUGUAGUCCUCCGGCCAGGCCCCACGCACUGCCUCAGGCUUGGGGCGGGGCUCCUGGGGCAUCGGGAGCCCCUGCCCUGCCAGACCCCAGGUCUUCCAGGUGAACCCCGCCCCCGGCCGUGAGGACUUACCAGUGACCCGACCUCUGGAAGGGGCCCCACGCUUGGACAAUAAAUAUGCACAAGCAGCGGGUGAGGGUACGAACUUGUUCAUCAAGUAAGAAAGUCUUACAACGUAGGGAAGUGAGGGAGACGUAACUGGUAACACGAUGCUUGUCAGAGAGAACGCAUGUGGACACACCGUCCUUCAGAAGGACAAACCCACCGGCUCGGCGCUGGAGCAGGGCACUGGGACGAGGGGCCAGGGCCUGGAAUGCUCAGCUUCCCAUCUUUGGCAGUAGGAGACUUCUUUUCCACCGAAGAACGGUUUUAAGCUGAGAAAUGUUCCAAUUGUUCAUGAGACAAACGGUGGAGGGUCAGCACUACAGCCCCGUUGGGGUCACUGUCCGCCCAGGUGUCUGGUGAAGGAGACACCUGCGGGAAGGCUCCCCUUGGCUGCUCUGGAGACCAGGGCGGAUAAAGUCCCAGAAGAGGGCUGCCUGCAGGCACCCCGGUGGGUUGUUUGUGGGAAGGGAGGAGGGUGUCACGUCUGGUGGGACAUUGUCCCUGGCUGCUUGGGGGCCCGCGUCAGAGUGGGGUGCACACACCGCCGUGUGCCUUGUGCCCUUCAAAAGUGGGGCUCCUGGAGAAACAGCUGCCCUCACACGUUCAGCCUUGAGGUGCAGCCUGGCCUGCCUGCCCAGUGUGGGGGUCCCCUCCUUUUCACAUCAGGGCCCCUAGCUCAGAAGAGCUCGGCAGCUGGGCUAGGCACCUGCUUCAGGUGCUCCUGGGUGCAGUGUGUCCAUGCUUGUCAGGUGAGUCAGCAUUUCAAAGAAGGGGAGAUUCUCUGCUCUACCCGAAAAAGACCAGAACAGGUCACAGCUCUCUUGAACACUGGUUUAUGGAGAGAACUUUAAGAACAAUCAGUUUUUAAUGAAAUUACAGGACGUAUUGCAGUAAAC